AUGAGAAAACUCGGAGGAUUAAGGCUGAGCUUGAAGACAACGUUGGUUGCUGUUUCGUGGAUUCCUGUAGCGGUGACUUUCAACGAAAAUGUAUGCUAUGUAGCGAAGAUAGAAGGGAGGUCGAUGAGGCCGACUCUGAACCCUAGCGAUAAUGGACACACGGAUUGGGUGCUGUUAUGGAAGUGGGGCGUCAAAAAUCCCACAAAUAUACGGCACAACGAUGUGGUUCUGUUCAAGUCGCCCUCGAAUCCAGAAAAAGUAUAUUGUAAACGGGUCAAAGGUGUACAACACGAUACUAUAAGGACGCGCCACCCUUAUCCAAGAGGGCUCGUUACCAUACCAAGAAGUCACAUCUGGGUUGAAGGCGACAAUGCUUUCCAUACAACAGAUUCUAACGAUUUUGGUCCCAUUUCGACUGGACUCGUGCUUGGAAAGGCCGUGGCAGUCGUGUGGCCGCCUUCGCGAUGGGACACGAAGUUGGACCAAAGCGUGGGAAGAGGGGACAUUAGUGUAAGGGGACUCGAAAUAUAG